AUGGCAUCCAGGGAAACAACACCUUCAGAUCUGGGUGAAGAUCUCCAGCCCAUCAGGUUCCCAGCAUAUGUCAGAAAGGCAUUCAGAUUGGAUUCUGUCAGAACACCAGGGGGGCUGAACAUCCAAUUUGAGCAACUCCUUUUAGAAGGCAAGAAUGAUGAUGGCAGAUAUUACAAGCUUGAUACUGCAGACAUGAAAACCAACCUGUCUGGGGUUGCCAUUAUUCAACAGUGUGAGCUUUCCCUUGUCCCUCAUCCUAUGGAUUCUCUCUCUGGUUCCACCAAUCUGCAUGUGAAGCUUCCAGAUCAUCUAUUCGAGAUUAACUGUGAACCUGGGGACCAUGUGACAGCACCAAAUAAGAUUGCCAACUAUUGCCUUGGCAAUUAUUCAAAAAAUGGCCUCAUUAGAAUUUUUUUCCCAUACUUCACCCCUUCCACAACCCCACCUGGCCCAACCCACACAAAUGACACCAACAACUCCAACAAUACCGACAAUGACAAUGAUAGCAACAACAACAGGGUCAGCGAGACUUAUAUUGCGGAAUUCUACGAUGAAAUCCUGCGUCCAGCUUUGAUUCAUAUCCUUCCACAUUCCUUGCCUUCAUUUCCCCCUUAUCGGCUCUUGGGUGGCAUCCUCUCCGGCACCAAGGAUGGCAAGCUGGUGGGUGGGAAGCGUCUGGUUUCUGCUGCUCUGCUAGGUGAACUGGUGGAACAUAUGAGAGAUUGCCUGGAGAGGAAGAAGGAACACUUUGAAUGGGCUCGCAGCUUCUUCUUUGGCCUUGAGAUCAAAGGAAUCAAACUCAGCACCACACAUCCUGUCCCUUUUAACAAUGGCACAGAGGAAGGGCAGGGUUCCAGUGAAGGGGAUCAAGAGAUGAUCUUCAGACAACUUAUCCUGGGGAUGUUUCACAGUGGACUCACAUCUCUAGAACAGCAAAGCACAUGGGUGGAUGUGGGGCUCGAAAUAAGCAGGAAGGCCCAUGUUCUUCACUGGGAUGAAUCAGAGCACCACCAAAUUCUUCAGGUCCUUGCCACAGGGUAUCAGGGGGAUGUGGAAAGACAAUGGACACAGCCUGGAAGGGAGGGGUAUUUCUGCGACAUUCAAGCAGGAAUCCUAUCUCUGGCUGGAGGACGUUGUGCAUUGCCUCAUCUCCCCUGCUUACCCAUUUAUGCACAAUGGUAUGCGUCAGAGAAGGGGGUUUGUAGGAGAGCUGACAGGUUUGACCCUAUGCUGGGAAUCACGAAAAAGAACGUGUUUGGAGAAAAAACCAAGGAUAAACUGAGAGUGGAAUUCGAUAAUCUGGAGGAAGUGUGGAAUUCAGCUCAUCAUGAGAGGACGGAAGGGAUGGCAAGAUUGGAGAUACACGUUCCCCUUCGAAAAGCCAAAAAUUCCCUGAGAACAGUGACAAAGGAGUUCAUCGAGCAGUGCACCAUCUCAGUGCCUGCAGAUCGGUGGUGGUGA